AUGUCGGCCGAGAAGACGGAUCCUGUCGUCGACGAGUCGAACCACGGCAUCUCUGCCGACGUUCAAUACCCUGUCGUCGCUGAGGGUACCGGAAAGACCUUGGACACCAGUGCUGGUGCUAAGGCGAGGGAAGUUCACAAUGCCGAAUUAUUUGCUGCCGUUCAAGAGUCAAAUAUCGAGCGGUGGAGCAAGAGUUCUAUCCAACUCUAUUUCGCCGUCUUUAUCGCAUUCUGCUGCGCCUGCGCCAACGGCUACGAUGGCUCCCUCAUCGGUUCCAUUACCGCUAUGAAACCAUUCAUGGACACCUUUAACUCUGAAUUGACCGGCACAAAGGUCUCCAUUAUCAGCUCGCUCUACUCCGUGGGAACAAUUGUCACGUCUCCUCUGGCAGCCAUGCUGUCCGACAGGUUUGGUCGUCGCUGGUCUAUGUUUAUCGGCGGCUGGGUCAUCAUCGUGGGCUCGGUGAUUGCGUGUAGCUCCAGCACUGUUGCUCAGAUCACCGUCGGCCGAUUUAUCCUGGGUGGUGGCAUCUCCAUCAUGACCGUCGCCGCCCCGGCAUACUCGAUCGAGAUUGCCCCUGCACACUGGAGGGGGCGUUGCACUGGCUUCUACAAUUGUGGCUGGUUCGGCGGCUCGAUCCCGGCCGCUUUCGUGACCUUUGGCUGCUCUUACAUGACCUCCAACUGGGCCUGGAGACUUCCACUGCUCCUGCAGUGCUUCGCCUGUUUUAUCGUCAUCGCCUCCGUCUGGUUCCUCCCCGAAUCCCCGCGUUUCCUGAUGGCCAACGGCAGGGAGGAGGAGGCUGUUGCCUUCCUGGUCAAGUACCACGGUAAUGGCGACCCAUCGUCGCGUCUCGUCCUGCUCGAGAUUGAGGAGAUGAGGGAGAACAUCAGACAGGAUGGUCAAGACAAGGUCUGGUGGGACUACCGCCCGAUGUUCCUGACCCACAACGGCCGCUGGCGAUUUGGUCAGAUCAUCAUGAUUUCCGUCUUUGGACAAUUUUCCGGCAACGGCCUGGGCUACUUCAAUGCCGCGAUUUUCAGCCUCAUCGGGGUCAAAUCUACUGCCCAGCAACUCGGUUUCAACGUCCUGAACAGCGUUCUGUCUGCCAUCGGCGCUGGCUUUGGUGUCUCGCUCAGCGACAAGAUGAACCGCCGUACCGUGUUGGUGUACGGCACCUUCAUCUGCGCGUGCCUGCUUGCCGUCAAUGGCGGCACAUCGACGGGCCUGAAGAAGUAUGAAACGACGGACUCCUCAGGCAAUCUCAACAUCUCGGCCGAUGGCAAGUCCCUGGCUCAAGCGGCAUUGGCCUUCUACUUCUUGUUCAACAUCAUCUACUCGUUCACCUACACCCCACUCCAGGGUAUCAUCCCCGCUGAGGCUCUCGACACCAACCUGCGUGCCAAGGGUCUUGCUGCCUCGGGCAUGAUCGUGGGCCUGUUUGGAUUCAUCAACCAGUUCGCUGGCCCUAUUGCCCUCGCCAACAUCAACACCAACUACGUCUAUGUCUUUGUUGCUUGGGAUGUUAUCGAGUCCAUUCUCUGGUGGAUCUUCGGUGUCGAGUCGCAGGGCCGAACUCUGGAGCAGCUCGAGUGGGUCUACAACCAACCGAAGCCUGUGCAGGCCUCCAUCAAGGUCGACAAGGUCGUCGUGCAGGCCGACGGCAAGGUGACAGAGAAGAUCGUGGCCGAUGCGGCCAGCUAG